AUGUCUUCUGUCGCAACUAAUGCAAAAUCGCAUACCAACAAUGUCGCAACCCCAAAUUGGUUGGUACAAUUGAUUCAAACUAUCCUAAUCAUUACUAUCUUCAUCACUAUAUUCGGUGCUGCUAUCUCUUCUAGAUUGUUCUCAGUUAUUAAAUUCGAAUCAAUCAUCCAUGAAUUCGAUCCUUGGUUUAAUUUCCGUGCUACCAAAUAUUUGGUUUCCCAUUCUUUUUAUGAAUUUUUAAAUUGGUUCGAUGAUAGAACUUGGUAUCCCUUAGGUAGAGUCACCGGUGGUACUCUAUACCCAGGUCUAAUGACCACCAGUGCUGCUAUAUGGCACUUGUUCCGUAAAAUUGGUUUACCUAUCGAUAUUAGAAAUAUCUGUGUCCUUUUCGCUCCAGGUUUCGCUGGUAUUACCGCUUGGGCUACUUAUGAAUUCACAAAAGAAAUUAAGGAUUCUAGUGCAGGUUUAUUAGCUGCUGCAUUCAUCGCGAUCGUCCCUGGUUAUAUCUCAAGAUCCGUCGCAGGUUCUUAUGAUAACGAAGCAAUUGCUAUCACCUUGUUGAUGGUAACCUUCAUGUUAUGGAUCAAAGCUCAAAAAACAGGUUCCAUACUUUACGCCACCUCCGCAGCAGUAUUCUACUUUUACAUGGUCUCAGCUUGGGGUGGUUACGUCUUCAUCACUAAUUUGAUCCCAUUACAUAUUUUCAUUUUGAUUUUAAUGGGUCGUUACAAUUCUCGUUUGUAUUCGGCUUACACUACUUGGUAUGCAAUCGGUACUCUGGCUUCCAUGCAAAUUCCUUUCGUCGGUUUCUUGCCUAUUAGAUCUAAUGACCAUAUGGCAGCUUUAGGUGUCUUUGGUUUGAUUCAAAUUGUUGCUUUCGGUAACUUCGUCAAAUCUCAAGUUCCUUCUGAAAAAUUCAAAGUGAUUAUGGUCGUAUCUUUGAUUAUUAUUCUAGGUUUAGGCUUUGUAGGUCUAUUCGGUUUAACUUACUUCGGAUUCAUUGCACCAUGGACUGGUAGAUUCUACUCUCUAUGGGAUACAAAUUACGCUAAAAUCCAUAUUCCAAUUAUUGCUUCUGUCUCCGAACAUCAACCUGUCGCUUGGCCAGCCUUCUUCUUCGAUACACACUUUUUGAUUUGGUUAUUCCCAGUAGGUGUGUUUUUGUUAUUCAUGGACUUAAAAGAUGAACAUGUAUUUGUUAUUGCUUAUUCCGUACUAUGUUCUUACUUCACAGGUGUUAUGGUCAGAUUGAUGUUAACACUGACACCAAUUGUUUGUGUUUCAGCUGCUGUCGCUUUAUCAAAAUUAUUUGAUGUAUACUUAGACUUUUCCGAUGUCGUAAGAAAUUUCUCCCAUAAAGAUGAAAAACCUACAUGGAAAUUCACUAACUAUAUCUCUCGUUUAUUUGUUUCCGGUACUUUUAUUUUUUACAUCUAUUUAUUCGUUUUCCAUUCCACAUGGGUUACCAGAUUUGCCUACUCAUCUCCAUCUGUUGUCUUACCAUCAACUAACAAAAACGGUGAGCCAACUUUAAUCGAUGAUUUCCGUGAGGCUUAUUACUGGUUAAGAAUGAACACUGAUGAAGAUGCCAAGGUCGCUGCAUGGUGGGAUUACGGUUAUCAAAUUGGUGGUAUGGCUGAUAGAACUACCCUUGUAGAUAAUAAUACUUGGAACAACACCCAUAUUGCAAUUGUUGGUAAAGCUAUGGCUUCUCCAGAAGAGGUCUCAUAUCCAUUAUUAAAAGAGCAUGAUGUUGAUUACGUUUUAGUAAUUUUUGGUGGUGUUCUAGGUUUCUCUGGUGAUGAUAUUAAUAAAUUCUUAUGGAUGGUAAGAAUUGCAGAGGGUAUCUGGCCAGAUGAAGUUAGUGAAAGUUCAUUCUAUAAUGAAAACAAUGAUUAUAGAGUAGAUGGAAGUGCUUCCAAGGCUAUGAAGGAAAGUUUGAUGUACAAAAUGAGUUUCAAGGAUUUCCCAGAUCUUUUCAACGCAGGUCAAAGUCAAGAUAAAGUACGUGGUCAAACUGUUACACAGGCAGAUGUUUCACCAUUGGAUUAUUUUGAAGAAGUAUUCACCUCCGAAAAUUGGAUGGUUAGAAUUUAUAAACUAAGAGAUGAAGAUGCAGAAGGUAGAGAUCUCGGCGAUGUAGGUACCUUCGAAAGAUCAAGCACUAAGGCCCUAAAAAGAAAGGGUUCCAAGAGACCAGAUUUUGAUUUGAGGGUAUAA